CAAUUUCUUUCACCCACUUCUUUUUUUUCCUCCCAUGGUUAUGUUUUCCUUCAGAAAAAAGAAUAAAAAGCUUACUUCAAAGCAUGAAGCAGCAGAACCGGAUUCUAACCAAGAUCAAGCAUACUGGAAACCAGAGAAUUGGUUAAAACUCAGUUUGCCAGAGGAUUUUUCCUCCAUUGUUUUGCCUCAACUCAUUCCAGAAAGCAAUGCUUCUUCCGUCAGUUCCAUCUCUACAACAAGUCAAUGCAAUUCCAGUAUUGCACGAGACGCCACCACCACACGGUUUGCCGGUGACUCCAUGCCAAGCAAUGGUGUCGACAAAAUCUCCAUGAACGAAUCGCUUAUCGAUGAAAAGUCUGGGCUUGGAGGUUCCUCUCAGUUAUCAUACAGAGAAUAUGAGCCACUGCAAGAGCCGCAAAAAACCAGAGCAUCCAGCUUAUCAGACGUGGAAGGCCCAGUAACCUUCGAGGAAAAAAUGCCAGAAAAUGAAGCAACAGCAGCAUCCGGUUGUACAACGGACAAUCAAGCGAUUAAUAAGGAGCCGGUCGGAAAUGAACUGCGAUCGCUUGUUCGCGCUACAUCUUCAGUACAUUCCUUGCAAAGCUCACUUUCCUCGAAGUUGAUCGGUACUCCAGUCCGUGAUAACAACUCUACCACAGAUGGCAUAUUGAAAAAUGACGAAUCCAGCCGUAUACCAUCAUUGUCGGAAUGUGCAUCAAAUGGGUGGCGCUCGGCGGGUGUUCCUUCUCUUCCAUCAUUAAAAAACCACGAUAUUAUUGAAAAAUCUGGAAUGAGCAAUGAUAUGCAUACGGAGAGAUUGGAAGGAUCAUCUCCUACAUGGAUUAGUGUCAAUGAAGAAAUUAUGGGAACGGAGGUCACAUUGACGUUGCAACAACCUCCGGUACCAGCUUCGGAUGAUGGUCGGACAUCGUUUGCUACACAACGAAAAAAGAACCCGGCAGCAGCGAAAUCUUUCAUACCACGGACUCCAAAACAGAUGAAGGGAACAGACAAUAAUAAGCCGAACGGUAGAUCAUCCGGAUCUGCAGAGUCAGAGCUAAUGCAUGCAACAAAAUCCAGCAUCCCACAGCCGAGACUUCGUUCACGAAAGCGCACCGCGGAAAUGGAGCCAGUGGCAAGUGCAACUUGUAAUACGGACUCAACUGUCAAUGCUUCCAAGACUCAAUUACAGGCCAAGCCGUCUUUAAUGAAUACCGGUCUUAGCAAAAUUCCCGUUAGACGGUCAUUUGGUCGGAACAGCGUAGCUUUAUGCUGAACGCGACGAGGUUUUUCUUAUUGUCAAUAUUAUUUCUUUUUUAUAUGUCGAGCA